GGGGUGCGUCACUUCCGGGGGAGGAACCUCCGCUGUCGCCGCACACGCGGGAGCGGAAAGUCUCCAUGGCAACCAGCAGGGCCCGCGCUAGGCCCACCCGCCGCCGCCGCUGCUACUGCGCCGGCCCCGCCCGCACAAAGACCGCGCGGUGACCCGCCCUCUGCCGCGACCCCGGCCCCGCCCCGGCCCUGGCCUGGUCUGGCCUGGUGCCUGCACCUGCCGAAGGCCGCCCGCCGCCAUCACCAGCGCCCGGCUGUGCUGACCGGGAAGCAGUUCUCGGCGGGCAGCGCGGUGACUCAUCGGCCUGGCAGCGUCCCCCGCGCGGGCCAUCUCUGUCGCGGCCGGCGGCGGACGGAGCCGUGGAGGAACCGCGAGACCCCAGGGCCCAGAGCAGGUCCAGCUGCCCGUCCGGCUCCCUAGCCCGCGAGGCCUGCAGUAAAGGAGCCGCGUGGGACCAGGGCCGAAGUCCCCAAGGCCUGCCCCCGCCGGGCAUCGUGUGCCCCUCUCUCGGGCCCUCGGCUUGGGCUUGGGGAUCUCACAGCCCACCUCCCGUCGUGCACCCCACGCUGCCCCCAUUUCCACGGGGACCCACCUGGUCACCACACCCGCGGGUCUCACCCGUGGCUGACCUUUGGCCAGCAUGGUGCAGCCGCAGACAUCCAAAGCUGAAAGCCCGGCGUCGGCAGCGUCUCCUAACGCCCAGAUGGAUGACGUCAUUGACACCCUGACCUCCCUGCGCCUCACCAACUCAGCGCUGAGGCGGGAGGCCUCCACCCUGCGGGCAGAGAAGGCCAAUCUCACCAACAUGCUGGAGAGCGUGAUGGCAGAGUUGACCUUGUUACGCACCAGGGCGCGGAUCCCUGGGGCUCUGCAGAUCACCCCGCCCAUCUCUGCAAUUACCUCUAAUGGGACUCGACCUAUGACCACACCUCCAACCUCUCUGCCCGAGCCCUUUUCCGGGGACCCAGGCCAGUUGGCUGGGUUCCUGAUGCAGAUGGACAGAUUCAUGAUCUUCCAGGCCUCCCGCUUCCCAGGUGAGGCCGAGCGCGUGGCCUUCCUUGUGUCUCGACUGACUGGGGAGGCGGAGAAGUGGGCUAUCCCCCACAUGCAGCCUGACAGCCCCUUGCGCAACAACUACCAGGGGUUCCUGGCAGAGUUGCGGAGAACCUACAAGUCUCCACUCCGACACGCGCGGCGCGCCCAAAUCAGGAAGACUUCUGCCUCUAACAGGGCUGUGCGAGAGAGGCAGAUGCUCUGCCGCCAGCUGGCUGCUGCGGGCACGGGGCCUUGCCCAGUGCAUCCAGCUUCCAACGGGACUAGUCCAGCGCCAGCCCUGCCUGUCCGAGCACGGAAUCUUUAAGAAUCUGCCACCCCUUGGUAGCGUCUGCAGCCACCCAGGUAGUAUACGCUCUUUGCUGUGUAGAAGAAAUUGCCCAUGCGACAGCAUCACUCCUGUGUGAAGACCUCCCUUCUUGCCUCUUCAGACCUGUUCCCCAAGGAGACCUUCCUUCCAUCCCUCCUGGCGCGCUGGUUGCCCACCUUGCCGCACUUCCUCUUAUGUGCUAGCUUUGUACCUAACGCACACUGCAUGCUUGCCUCCCUCUUGCUGGCAUCCCGGGCUGUUUCAGUGACUACCGCUCUGCUACUGGGACACAGGGACUGGGCUGCACACUGAUGGACCACGUGGGCUGACUCCUCCCAACCUGACUUGGUUCAUGGAGGCUCCUACUCUGCCCUCUGCAAGCCCCCUUGGUGGCUCUGCACCUGGUUGCCUGGUUCUCGUUGAUGAUCUCUGGACAGAAAGAAGCCAGUUUGGCCAGGCUGGUAUCUCAAUGGGUGUGACUGGAGAGGGGGUCUGGUCAGGGUGGUGGCUCGAUGGGUGAACCUGGAGAGGGGGUCUGGCUUCCUGCCCAAGAUGCCCACUGGCCCUGCUAGGGCCCAGUGCAGCAGGCAGGGCCUCAUCCGUGCUGUCAGUGGUGGAGUGGUCACUGCUGGGAGUGUAGUUCUAGCACUUCUGGGGGCCAGGUUCCACUCUGCACAUGAAUAUGCAGUCUAGGAGGCCCCAUUGCUCUCACCGGGAAGGAACAAUGUUGCAGCUGAAGGGUGAAUCCAUCAGAAGAUGCAGCUCCAGUAAUGCUUGGCUUCAGCUGCUCGUGUUCUGAUGGGGCCGGGGAUUUGGGGAAUCUGGAACUUGUCUGCUAAAUAAGGUCAUGGUGGACUUUCAGCCACUGGGGAAGUCCCUCAGGCUGUAGGUUCCUGCACACCCAUGCCUGAGGGCCAUAGCAGGCUGAGGGUGGAUACCAGUGACUCCUUUUGCCACCCAGGAUCUCCAUGGCCAGUGCCAUAGCUGCUGAUGUUCAUUCAGUCACUCCUGCCCCUGCCCCUGCCCCAUGUCACUGAUAGUGAGCCUUGCCAGCUUGAGACCUGUUCCCAUCUCCAUUCAGGUGCCACGUGGCCUUCACUGCAGCCACUCACACUCCAUCUCUUGGUCUCCAAGGGCACCCUGUAGCAUGUCCUCCCCAUGCCUGGGCAAUCAGAUGUCUUGCCUUUGUCUAAGAGAAAACACACUCCCUUGGGAACUAUCUGUAAGCACUUAAGGCGGGGUGGCGGGGGGCGGGUGUCUGCCUCUGGCAACCCAGCCAGGGUCUUGGUGGCAUUGGUAAAAGCAAAGAGCUAUGGACUGCCAUGGGCCUAGUGUGGUGACAGUGCAGCACUGGCAUGUCCUGCUUCUGAGGGACCUCAUGCCUCACAGGGAGAUGACCAAGAAAUCAUUUUCUGGCUGAAUUUGGCCAUGCCCUUUGGACUGUGCUGCUCCGCCAUAUUUCAGUGCCAAAUGAACCACGUUGACAUGACCUCCUGGACCAUAGGGGUUCCUACCCUGGGUUCAUCUGCCCCUGUCUGAAGGGUUCUGGCUUAGUUGCAGAAGGACAAACUCCGUACCCACCCAAAGACAUGUAUAUGUCUUGGGACACCAGAGGUUGGGUCCUGGGACCUGGCCAGUCCUGAAGAGUUUUGAUGGUGCUGGGGAAAGUGACUGCGAUUCUGAAGAACCACUGCCUUCCAAGACCAAGAAGGUUCGGUGGGGUCCGCAGACUCCUGCCACCCACUCAGCAUCCACUUUGUUAGCCCAAUUGCCCUGCUGAACAACUGCCUGAACACAGGCUUUCGGUUCCCCUGGACUCCAGCUGAGGCUGUCCAGGUGGGACCUUGGUGCUUAUUAAGCAUGAACGGAGGGAGGACACACAGCGGGGCCACCAUUCCGUGAAUGGGGGGGGACAGAUUACUUUCUCUUUGUGCUCAGUUCUGUUCUAUCGCCAGCAGCUGUGUUGAUAAGACUAGUACCUGCCAGAGAGAUGUGCCCCCCAGUGAAGAGGGACAGUGGCACCGGGGAAAACCUUCCACCUGGAAGGUUUCCACGUGGCCCAGCCCAGCCAGAGUAGGAGACCCAGCAUGGAAACGGGGCAGGAACUCCGCCGUGUUGCCAGCCCUGGCUCCACCCAAGUAGCCUGAUGAAAGCCCUGCCAUGUUUGUGUCAGGCUGCUGCACACCACAGAGCUGCCUGGGAAAGGCUGGCCACACUCCCUGUCCACACCUGCAGCCGGGUCCUUUGCCUAUAGGCGCCCUAUCCAACCAACUUUGUUUGGCAUGGGGGUUUGUGUCUCUCGGUGCCUGUGUGUGUGGGCUCGGGACGUGUGCUGGUGUGCUCUUAGGACCUUCUUGAUAGCUCCCUGCACUUUGGAACAUGGAGCACAUACAUGAGAGAGGGUCAGGAGCUUGCCCUCCACCUUGGACUUGGAAGAAGCCCACAUUGGAGGGGUGAGGACCCCAUGGUGGCUCUAGGUGGAAGACACCUUAGUCCCCAGCUAAGGAGGAUGAGGUGCAGACCUCAGUGACGGGGGAUUAGGCUGAAGAAAGUGGGAGAAGGGAGAUGCUUUGUACAUAUUUGGGGCUUAUAAUGUCUCUAAAUUUUAGAAAACAUGUAUUGAUUUAUAAAAGGGACAGACAGUAAACAGUGCAGGUGAAGGAAAUUCUGUUUCCCUUGGUUCCGACGUUUUUUGGACUGGACUGUGACUGCUGUCUGCUCCCACAAGACACCCCUCUGCUAAGUAAGCUUCACUGCAUACCUGGAAAUCACCGGAGAAGGGAGUUAGUGAAGGGGUGACUCCCUGGCCCAGUAUAGUGUGGCCUUGGGACUCAAUGCCUAAAGCAUUUUGGUGACUUCUAGGAAACAGCGAAGACCUGUUUGAUUGGCCUCAGGUUAGCACGUGAUGAGCAGUGGAAAACAAACCCCAGGAAGUGAGGCAGGACCAUCCUGAGGUACGCGCUCCUGUUGUCAUGGCAGACAGAGCCGCCUUCAGUGGGCACCACCUGAGCAGUUCCGGCCUGCCGGGGAAUGAAGGGACAUGGGUUGAGCUGGGCAUGUGCCAAGGUUCACUUAGGAACAAGCCCCGGGAUUGGACAAAAGAGCCCAUGCUGCGGCCACCCACUGGGGAGAGCUGGGUGGAAGAGAGGAGAGAUCCUAGCAGAGGCGCCUCCAUCUGCAGCAACACACAGCCUUAAGGCUCAGCUCGCCUCUGCUUGGAGAACGCUGGUUCUGGGGCCUAGAGAGGUAGGCACUAGGUGUGGCUCCUGGGGAAGGGAAGCAAGAGCAGCCUGUUGGGCCAGCAGAAGAAGCUCCCCACAGUGCGGAGAAGACUGGGGUGUAGGGUCUUCCUUGUGGAACUGACAGCUCUUGCCGGCCUCUUCGGGAACCUGAGGUUGGCUGGGGUGGCAGCCGGCACAGCACAGAUGUGGUAGAAAUGGGAGGAAACCCAGCUCCUCACUUUACCUGCCUCAGGCCUUUCCAUACACAAGCACCAAACCUACUAGGUCUUCUCAUUCUCCAUGUCAACCCACGUUAGGUCAAUUUUUGCAAGUAGAGGAAAGAAGGAAGUAAAAUAGCACAUUUUGGUGUCUCAGACUUCUUCUCCCAACUAUAUAGUUUCUUUGCAUUUUGUUUUGACAGUUACGCUGCUGUCCUCUGUCAUGAUAGUUUUGUGCAGCUGUUUUCACUUAGCUACCGUGGGCAUCUCCCUGUAUUAUUACUAAUGUUACUUUGCAGUGGCUGUGUACUCUUCCGUCGACUAGAUGGACUGUGGUGCCAGUUACAGAUAACUAAUGCUGUUACUAACUUUUCAGUUAUAAGUUGAUGAAUACCUUCGUGCACAAGCCUGUCUCCCAAUGUCAAGUUAUUUUCUUAGGAUAGAUUCCCAGAGGUGGAUUCUUGAACUAAAGAAUAUGAGAACCUUUGAGGAUUUUACUACAUAUUGACAAAAUGGUUUCCAGAAACAUUUGUGUUCAUUUACUGCCACCAGCAAGGAUAAACAUGUCCAUCUUGCUGGUAUUGGGAAUUUUAUCACCUGGCUAAAUAUUUGCUAAUUUGAUAAUGAAAAAGUAGCAUUGUGUUUUGGUUGGCGUUUCAUUGAUUUCCAGCACGGUUGAGCAUCUCAUGUGAAGCGAUUCUAUUUCCUCUUCUGUGGAUUGUCAAUGUCCUUUGCUCUAUCUUCUGGGGUCUGAUACAUGUGUAUGAGCCCGGUAUGUAUUAAAGAUAUUAACCUGGUGUGCGUCA